CUCAUCCUCAUGCAGCCACUGGGAAAUUCUCAUAAACGAGUGAUCGUAAGCGAAUAUUUGUAGAUAAAGUUGGUAUCUAAAUGCUCGGAAAAAUCGUUCUUUAAACUGAUUUUUUUUCUCGUGGAAUUUUUCGCAGUAGAGAGAGAGAGUAGCUUCUUCUCCACACAGACCUGCUAGCUUUAGCUACCAACCAAGAACCUGACAGGUCUGAAUGCGACAGGAUUCUUUCAGGUCAGAGUCAAUUCGGCCGCUAUCAUCUGCUCAAGUACCCAAGGCAACUGAUCCUAGUUUUGUCCGGUGGAGAGAAACUUUUGUUCAGAAUGCUUUGACGGUAAUCAAGUCCGUACCGAAAUGGCGCUCUUUGGGCGAGGAAAAUGGAAUAGCACUUUAUGAGCGUGCUAUGGAUCAUGCAGACAGCUGGUUCGCGAGAAUAUCGAAGCAUACGCGGUCGUUAAACACGUUUAAGAAGGGAUUACUUUUCGAACACGUCCAAAAGGAGACAAACUACAACCCGUAUGUAGAGUCUGUUGAGCAACUCGACACAAUCAUUGAAGACGAGAUGGAGGUGUGGAUGUACAGCUACAAGACUCCGUGGUAUUGUCGCGACAAGGUGUACAAACAGCUGGUCAUCUCUGUGGUAUUGGACGCAGACUCGUUUAUGGUCCUCCAGGCUCCGGUGCAGUACAACGGAGACACUGGUCUGUCUGCAUUCAGCUUGCGAGAAGUGUUGUCGGCGUACGAGUCCAUUGACUAUGUUCAACGCAAUCCAGACAGCGAAGAAGGAGGCGUCCUCUGGACCUAUGCCAUCCGAAGCUCCAACAACGGCUUUCUUUCCGGUUUUUACGGAAAUUCUAACGUCAACAAAGCGCUCGUCCGGCAGGUAAAGCGUUUCAAAGACUGGAUCAACAAAGCCCAUCCUCGGAAAACUUCGUCCGGGUGAUUUUUACCGACACCGUCACCGACACAUCCCAGCCUUACGAAUUCCUGAUUGCCGAUGUAUUAUUACUAUACUCGCUUUCUUAUAUUGCUUCUAAUUGUAACAUAAGCUACACUGUUUUUUUUGUUUUUGUUUUUCUUCUACAGUUGCGCUGAACGCUGCAUAAUAAGGUUUACACGUGCAUUUUUUAAAUUUAUAUGUCCCGGCGGGGUUGGAGUUGAAACAGUUUGCCGUGGAUUGUGUUGCGAG